AUGCCUACAUCAUCAAUAAGACCUUUUCUUAUUGGCGUUUCAGGAGGACCAUGUUCUGGUAAAUCAACAGUAUGUCAAAAAAUAGUUGAAGCAUUACAACCAGAAGGGGAUGUUGAACAAACAAAUCGUGUCACUGUAAUAGCAAUGGAACAUUUUUAUAAACCUAAAACAGUUGAACAACGUGAAAUGGCUUUACGUGGAAAUUAUAAUCUUGAUCAUCCAAGUGCAUUUGAUGAAAAACUUCUUUAUAAUACGUUAAAAGAUUUACUUGACGGUCAAACGGUUAAAAUUGCUCGUUAUGAUCCUGGUAAAUAUGAACAUAUUGAAGGAGUGUUUGAUACAAUUGAACCUGUACCAGUUAUUAUAAUUGAAGGAAUUCUUGUUUUUUAUUUUCCUGAAAUUCGAAAUUUAUUUCAAAUGAAAUUGUUUGUUGAUACAGAUGCUGAUACACGUUUAGCACGUCGUGUUUUACGUGAUAUGAAACAACAUGGAAGAAAUUUAGAAUAUAUUUUAGCUGGUUAUACAAAUUAUGUCAAACCAUCAUUUGAAGAUUUUUGUUUACCAACUAAAAAAUAUGCCGAUGUUAUUAUACCACGUGGUGCUGAUAAUUAUGUUGCUGUUGAUCUUAUUAUACAACAUAUCAGAGAUUUUCUUAAAAAUAAGCCAGGAAAAUAUGAAAAUCAACUAUCAAUUGAACACAAUGCAAGAUCACGACCACAUUGA